AUGUCUACGCUGAACGCAUUUUCGAAGAAGCCAGAUUUACGUCUUCCACCACUUCCAACAGAGCUGUGGUCUGUUAUUCUGCGUCAGGCUACAGCACAAACGGAUCCGUUGCGCCCUCCCCUCUACACCAUAUACCCCCGCCCAACUAGUACAAAAGCGAAUCGGCGAUGGAGAGAGGCUAUUAUCACCAAGCGAUGCGUCGUUCGCGUAUGCAAACUCUGGCACUCUCUUGCUGUCCCCUUUCUCUACGAGUAUCUCGUCAUCUCAGAUUCGCAAGUGUUUCCUUCUCUCCUGGAGGGAGUUGGUAAACUUUGGCAUGUCAAAUACCGCCCGGAAACCACCGUUGGGAAUUUCACUUCCAGGCUUGACGUUGUCAUUCGAGAUCCCAACCCCCCUGAAGCCCUCCAUCCACACCUAUCCACGCUCCUCAGGAGGCUUCCCAGACUCCUGGUUCUCUCGAUUUAUAUGCCAUUUAGGGAGGUCGCCGAGGGCCCCCUACUUUGCAGCUACGCAACCCCAUCACUGGAGUGCAUCAGUUGGCUGGGCGCACCAGUGGCCGCUUCGCGUUGGGUCGACUUCCUCGCGGGGCACCCCAACUUGAAGUCCAUCGGCGCUCCUGAUCUUUCCCUUGCAACUGCACCACAGCCGCUCGAGACACCACUACAAAACGUUUCUGAACUGGGAGGCCUCAACUAUGUCCAGGCGCGCACACUGUGCGAGGAAUGGAUCUCGCCACGUCGUUUGCAUCAUCUUUCCAUUCAGUUGAGCAAUGGGGCCGGGAUGGACUUUGACUCCCCCGAAAUCGACCAGCGUUGGUGCCCCUUCAUGUCAUAUGGCCCCAAUCUCACCAGCCUUCACAUCACUUCGAACGCCUGGGGAGGCCGCAUCGGAAACCUCGUUAACCGCGGUUUGCGGCACUGCCCCAACCUGCAGCACGUAUUGGGUGCUAAAGCGAGCUGGUUGCCCAAUCUUUCGCUCAUUCGCUUCAUUGAUGAAGGAAAUGUCAUCCAUUUGCAGCACAAGCACCGCCAGCUUUUUAACUCGGUGCUUGGGGCGUUAUCCGACCUGGGCAUCACCGUUGAGAGGCAUGACGGGGUGGGGUUGGUCCCGGAUGGCGAGUGA